AUGUUGGGCGGCAGUGUGCUAUGGUUCCGUCACGGGCUGAGGUUGCACGACAACCCAUCGUUGCUCAGCGCGUUGGAGGACAGGCGGAUGCCAUUAUUCCCUAUCUUCAUAUUUGAUGGGGAAACUGCAGGUACGAAGUUGGUGGGAUACAAUCGCAUGAGGUAUCUGCUGGAAGCUCUCGAUGAUCUGGACUGUCAGUUCAAGAAGUUCGGUGGGCGUCUUAUUAUGCUCAAGGGGAAACCUAACAUCGUCUUCAGACGAUUGUGGGAAGAAUUCGGCAUUCGUAAGCUGUGCUUUGAGCAGGACUGUGAGCCGGUAUGGCGCGCGCGCGACGACAGCGUCAAGAACGAAUGCCGCGAGAUCGGCGUCAAGUGUGUCGAACACGUUUCCCACACGCUCUGGGAACCUGACAUGGUUAUAAAGGCCAACGGUGGCAUCCCACCGCUCACAUACCAGAUGUUCCUGCAUACAGUAGCCACAAUCGGCGACCCACCCAGGCCUGUUAUGGAAGCCGAUCUGUGCGGGGUGAAAUUUGGUAGUCUGCCACAGUGUUUCUAUGAAGAGUUCACCGUUUUUGAUAAGACGCCGAAGCCGGAAGACUUCGGUGUGUUCCUCGAGAACGAGGACAUUCGCAUGAUCCGGUGGGUGGGCGGGGAGACCGCCGCCCUCAAGCAGAUGCAGCAACGGUUGAACGUGGAACAUGAAACCUUCUGCAGAGGUUCGUAUCUGCCUACCCACGGCAGCCCGGAUUUACUCGGUCCGCCCAUAUCUCUGAGUCCGGCGCUCCGGUUUGGUUGUCUCUCAGUGAGAAGAUUUUACUGGUCGAUGCAAGAUCUUUUCCGUAAAGUACAUCAAGGUCGGCUGUCCUCCACUCAUUUCAUUACAGGUCAAUUAAUUUGGCGUGAAUAUUUCUAUACUAUGAGCGUAAACAAUCCCAACUACGGACAGAUGGCAGGCAACCCUAUCUGUUUGGACAUCCCCUGGAAAAAUCCUGAAGGUGACGAACUGCAGAGGUGGAGGGAGGGCCGCACCGGGUUCCCGUUCGUGGACGCGGCGAUGCGGCAGCUGCGCGUGGAGGGCUGGCUGCACCACGCCGUGCGCAACACCGUCGCCUCGUUCCUCACGCGCGGCACGCUGUGGCUGUCCUGGGAGCACGGCCUCGACCACUUCCUCAAGUACCUGCUCGACGCCGACUGGUCCGUGUGCGCCGGCAACUGGAUGUGGGUGUCGUCGAGCGCGUUCGAGGCGCUGCUGGACGCGGGCGAGUGCGCGUGCCCCGUCACGCUCGGGCACCGCCUCGACCCCAGCGGGGAGUACGUGCGCCGCUACGUGCCCGAGCUGGGCCGCCUGCCCGCACUAUACAUCUAUGAGCCGUGGAAGGCGCCCAUAGACGUGCAGGAGCGAGCCAACUGUAUAAUCGGCAAGGACUAUCCCGCGCCCGUCGUCAACCACCUGCUCGCCGCACAGAGGAACAGGCUCGCCAUGAAGGAGCUACGAGAGUUGCUGCAGAAGGCACCGCCACAUUGUUGCCCGUCGUCAGAUGAUGAAAUCAGACAAUUCAUGUGGUUGAAUGAAGAGAAUCAGCCGACGAACGCUAUCGCCACCAAUUGA